AUGGCUACUGCUGGUGCUGCCUCACAGGCGCCCCCUGCCAAGGUCUCGCCGACAGAGGAUGCCGUCGAGGUCCACGAGAAAGCGACGUCGAGUGUCCUCAAAGUCCCGCUGGAGUCUCCAACCCCCGAAAGCCAUCCCGGCGAGCGCUCGGCUCUGACUGCGGACCAGCAAGCCAAGUUGGACUGGCUGCUCGCCAAGGUCAAGACGUGGACCGAGAUCCCCUCGACCAAGGGCAAGGCCGGCCCUCUCACCGACAACGACCGCUUCUGGCUAACCCGGGACUGUCUGCUGCGCUACCUGCGCGCCACCAAGUGGCACGAGAAGGAGUCCGAGAAGCGCCUCCUGGCCACCCUGACCUGGCGCAGAGAGUACGGCGUUGACGACCUGACCUUUGACCACAUCUCGCCAGAGAACGAGACGGGCAAGCAGGUCCUCCUGGGCUACGACAACCAGUGCCGCCCGUGCCACUACCUCUUUCCCGGCCGCCAGAAUACUCCUGCCUCUCCCCGCCAGGUCCAGCACCUCGUGUUCAUGGUCGAGCGCGUCAUCGACCUCAUGCCGCCCCAGCAGGAGGCCUUGUCGCUCUUGAUCGACUUCACCCCAAGCAAGACACGCUCCUACACGGCCCCCGGCCUCGGCAUAGCCCGUGAGGUCCUAAGCAUCCUUCAGAACCACUACCCUGAGAGGCUCGGAAAGGCCCUCAUCGUCCACACUCCGUGGGCCAUCAACGUUUUCUUCAAGUUGAUCUCGCCUUUUAUUGACCCGCACACCAAGGAGAAGCUAAAGUUCAACGACGACAUGACCAAGUAUGUACCGGCCGAACAGCUCGUGACCGAGUUCAAAGGCAACCUCGAGUUCGAGUACAACCACGCUUCGUACUGGCCGGCGCUGCAGGAGCUGUGCCGCAAGAAGCACGACGCUCGCUGGCAGCGGUGGGUUGCUGGCGGACAGCAGAUCUUCGAGCUCGAGGACUACCUGACAGGCCACCUCGAGGUUGUAACUACCCCAGGAGCUUUUCCCGUCAUCACCAUGUCUGCCGCCGCCUCAACCACAACCACCACAAAAGCAUGGGCCUACACUAAACGAGGCCUGCCGCGCGCCGCCCUGCAGCUCACCACCACGCACCCGCUGCCAGCCGCCUUCCCGCCGCCCGGCCCCGCGGCAGCAGAAGAAUGGCUGCUGAUCCGCGUCUCGUACGCCGCCCUCAACCCCGGCGACGCUGUCGUCAUGGCCUUCCUCCCGGCCGUCUUCCGCUCCGCCAAGACCACCGUGCCGUGCUAUGACCUCGUCGGCACCGUGCUCGACGUCUGGACGCCGCCGCCACCCUCUUCAUCAUCCCCUUCCACCACACCCACACCUGCCCCUGCUGCACCCGCUCUACGGUUCCGCCCCGGCGACACGGCAAUCGGCUUCCUCGUCGUCGCGCACAUGCUGCGCUCCGGCUCUGGCGCGCUGCAAGGCACCGUCGCCCUGCCCGCCAAGUACGCCGUGCGCCUGCCGAGCAACCGGGUGCCGCGCGAUGCUGCGGGCUUGCUGCUCACAGCGUGCACGGCUGCCGAAAUGAUCACCGCUGCGACGCCGGCGCCGGCGGAGGCCAAGCUGCGCCGCGUCGUCGACUACACGCAGCACGCCAACCUGGCCGACGAGCUGGCGCGGCGCUACGGCCAGUUCGACGCCGUCAUCGACGCGUUCGGCGACCAGGCGCUGUACAAGAGCUGCGCGCGGAUCCUCAAGCCGGGCGGCGUGUACAGCGCGGCGGGCGUGCACUCGGCGACGUUCUCGCUGUGGGCGGUGCUGAAGGUCGGGCUGACGCUGGCGGCGAACGCGCUGUGGCCCAGGACCAAGUGGCUCGGCGGGACGGGGCGGACGUGGAAGGCCGCCAGCAUGAUGGAUCCAGGGGUGGAGCUCAUGGAGCGCGUGGUCGGGCUGCUGGGCGAGGGCAAGCUGCGCGUCGCCGUCGACAGCGAGUGGCCGUUCGACAAGGCCCUGGACGCCUUCGACGUCUUGCUGAGCGGGCGGGCGCGGGGCAAGAUUCUGAUCAAGGUCAACGACGACGAGUGA